UUCAAAUGGCAAACGAUUCAAUCAUCAAAGCAUUUAAAACCAAAUCAAAGUCACUUAAUCUGAGUUCUACGAAAAUUACAGAUGUUCCAGAAGCACUUGAGAAACUGACGUGGAUUGUUGUGUUAAAGCUGAAUAAUAAUUUUCUGUCAAGUCUGCCGUCUCAAUUCAGGCGUUUACAGAUGUUGACAGAGCUCAAUUUGGGAAACAAUGUUCUUGAGGAGAUCCCAUCUGUGUUAAAACACCUCUGCUGCCUAAAUAAACUUUAUUUAUAUGGCAACCAAAUCAGCCAUUUGCCAGCAGAGGUGCUGGAGGGUUUACCAAACCUUGAGCUUCUAAAUUUGAACCACAACAAAAUAAAAGUCAUUCCCUCAGAAAUAAAAAGUCUGUGUCGCCUACAAAGCAUCAGCAUCACAGACAAUCAUUUGGAGCAGAUUCCAGCUGAACUGGGUUUAAUGAGUCUGACUGAGAUUAACUUCACUAAUAAUAAACUGACUCAAAUACCACAGCAGUUAUGUGAUUUAUCACAGCUCAGGAGGUUGUACUUGGCCCGAAACAACCUCACAGCACUACCAGAGGGAGUUCUUGGUUGGAAAAACCUGAAGAUCUUAGAUGUUGCAGGAAAUCACUUAUCUGUGUUUCCAUUUGAUUUUCAGUUUCUCACACUGGACGAACUGUUCCUUGAAGGAAACAGUUUAGUCCCAUUCUCACUGAUGGAGUCAAUUCAGGAGAAAGAAAUCCUCUCCUUAAAGGAACUCUCAGCCAGGCUCAUCCUCCAGGAGAGCACUAAUAUAUUGUCAGCAGCGUCCAGAUCUCUGCCAAUGUACCCAGAGCUGCAGGACAUGCUGUCUCAGUGGAGUCAAUGUGCCCUGUGUUCACAACCCUUUCUCACCACCUGGCUGGAGUGUGUGCAGUUCAUCAACACCAGGAAGCACAUGGGGAUGAGAAGCUCCCAGUCUGUUCCGGUGAGGGUUGUGCUGUGCUCCUAUGACUGCUUCAACAGGGAUGACCACCAAUACUACGGACUUGUUCGAUUAAAUUAAAAAUGCUUAUGUUUUUCACCCCAUGAGUGUCCAUGAUGACCAU